UUUUAUUUUUCCUGGAGAAGAAGCAAACUCUCAAAGCAGCUCCGUCGGAGGAAAAAAAAAAAAAAGAAACCAGAUCGGAAAAGUUCACUCUUUUCAAAACCUUCUCCGUAGAAAUUCAGAUUACUUAAAGGCGAGAGAGAAGGUUUGAUUUCUAAUCCCAACAAUGGAUGUGAUUAAGACGCAACAGAUAUCAGCAAGGACGAUCGAGAAAGUGGUUGUUCAUCCACUCGUCUUGCUUAGUAUCGUCGACCAUUACAAUCGCGUCGCUAAGGACUCGCGCAAGCGUGUAGUCGGUGUUCUCCUCGGGAGCAGCUCCCGUGGUGUCGUUGAUGUCACCAACAGCUACGCAGUGCCCUUCGAGGAGGAUGACAAAGACCCAAGUAUCUGGUUUCUUGAUCACAACUACCAUGAGUCAAUGUUCCACAUGUUCAAGAGAAUUAAUGCCAAGGAGCAUGUUGUAGGUUGGUACAGCACAGGCCCUAAACUUCGAGAGAAUGAUUUGGACGUUCACGCGUUGUUCAACGGCUAUGUUCCAAAUCCAGUGUUGGUCAUUAUUGAUGUCCAGCCUAAAGAACUUGGAAUCCCCACAAAAGCAUACUAUGCAGUGGAGGAAGUCAAGGAGAAUGCUACUCAGAAAAGCCAGAAAGUCUUUGUUCAUGUGUCUACAGAAAUUGCUGCUCAUGAAGUCGAGGAAAUAGGCGUGGAACAUUUGCUCAGGGAUGUGAAAGACACAACAAUCAGUACCCUGGCGACUGAGGUACUUGUCUUUACAGUACUUGAAUGUUUCAUUAUCAUCUGUAGAAAUGACGUUUUCAACUUGCUUCCUAACCUGAAUGUGAACGAGUUGGUCAAGGCCUUCUCAGUGAAAACAAAUGACAUGAUGCUCGUUAUCUAUUUAUCAUCCCUCAUUCGGAGUGUAAUUGCGUUACACAACUUGAUCAACAACAAGUUGCUGAACAAGGAACAUGAAAAAGCAGAGGACUCAAAGCCUGUGGCCAUACCUGCCACCAACUAGAUCAUGUUUUCUCGUGACUUGGUCAUCAUUGGCCUGCGAUGACGGCAGCUGUUGUGUGUUCUCGUCACCCAAAAGAAGGGACAAGUCUGGGGGACGAGCCAGUUUAGUUUGAUAUCGGCUCUCUUUCGGAGUGUUGAUUUCUCAAUUGUUCUGAUUCAGAAUGUAUCAAAGAGUCUUUUCAUUAUAUCUUUCAAGUUGGUUAGGUUUUUAGGCCUCUUUUGAGGGGUUUAAGAUACAAAGUUUCACGUCAAUGUGUCGAAAUCUCCACAAAGGGUCUUUUUAUCCUAAUGAAAUUCUUGAGUUUUUUUUUUCUUCA